GCCAUUUAUUAUUUUGAUAAAGUUAUUUUCAUUUAUUUUCAACCUUGUGUUUUGAUCGUCAAAUUCGACAUCUCGAAUCCUGUGUUGAAAAACAUUUUAUUUUUUUUUUUUUUUGCCAUUGAUCUUUUCAAACUAACGAUAUUUUGUACCCAAAAGGAAAAGCUUAUGAUUUUAAAAUUUUAUAUAUUUUCUAUUUUCUAUCUUGAUUUCAAAAACAUCAUUCGAACAUUUAGAUGCAUAUUGUCAAUGACCAAUUGAAUUCAGGUUUGCUGUUUGCAUCAUUGGCAUCGUUUCGUUGUGGUUUUCUAUUAAUUCUACAUAAAAUACUUCAAAAUGUCUCGCAUCUUAUAUCAUCGUAAUUUUCUGAAGAAUAACUUUUUCAUUGUACAGAAACAUUUGUACAAUCAACGAAAUUUAAAUUUUCGUUAUUUUUCAUCAGAAAUAAAUCCAAUUAAAAAGGUUUUAGUUGCCAAUCGAGGAGAGAUUGCCAUUCGUAUAUUUCGAGCAUGUACAGAAUUGGGAAUCCGUUCGGUGGCCAUUUACUCAGAACAGGAUAAAAUGCACAUGCAUAGGCUUAAAGCUGAUGAAGCCUAUUUGAUUGGAGCUGGAUUAGCUCCAGUUCAAGCUUAUCUAAACAUUCCUGAAAUUGUACGUACAGCAAAAGAAAAUAAUGUUGACGCCAUUCAUCCUGGCUAUGGUUUUCUUUCGGAACGAUCCGAUUUUUGUCGUGCCUGUAUUGAUAACAAUAUUAAAUUUAUCGGUCCCAGUCCGGAUAUUAUGGCUAGAAUGGGUGAUAAAGUUGAAGCUCGUAAAGCUGCCAUUGAAGCUGGUGUGCAAGUUGUUCCUGGUACUGAUAAUCCAAUUACGACAGUGGAUGAAGCUAUGGAAUUUGUUGAAAAAUAUAAAUUGCCAAUCAUUUUUAAAGCAGCGUAUGGUGGUGGCGGAAGAGGUAUGCGUGUGGUGCGCAAAGAAAGUGAAUUGAAAGAAAAUUUCGAACGUGCUUCCUCUGAAGCAUUGUCUGCAUUCGGAAAUGGAGCACUUUUUAUUGAAAAAUUCAUUGAACAUCCCCGACAUAUUGAGGUUCAAAUAUUAGGUGAUAAAUAUGGUGAUAUCGUACACCUUUAUGAACGUGAUUGUAGUAUUCAACGACGUCAUCAGAAAAUAAUUGAAAUGGCACCUUCGCCAUCAAUUGAUCCUACAGUGAGAGAGAAAAUUCUUAAAGAUGCUGUCAAAAUCACCAAACACGUGGGCUAUCAAAAUGCCGGAACUGUUGAAUUUCUGCUUGAUUCGGAUGGAUCACAUUAUUUUAUAGAAGUAAAUGCUAGGCUUCAAGUUGAGCAUACGGUAACUGAAGAGAUUACUGGAAUCGACAUUGUACAAAAACAGAUUCGAAUUGCUGAAGGAAAUUCUCUAGCCAGUCUUGGCUUGAAUCAAGACAAAAUUCGAAUUGAUGGAACGGCCAUUCAAUGUCGAGUUACUACAGAAGAUCCAGCUAAAAAUUUUCAACCUGAUUUUGGAAGAAUCGAAGUUUUCCGUAGUGGUGAAGGUUUUGGUAUUCGUCUCGAUGGUGCAUCUGCAUUUUCCGGUGCUAUCAUAUCGCCUUAUUAUGACUCGUUGUUAGUUAAAGUGAUAGCCAAAGCUCCAAAUAUUGAAUCUGCAUCUCGUAAGAUGACUCGAGCUUUGAGAGAAUUCAGAGUUCGAGGAGUAAAGACUAACAUACCGUUUUUAUUGAAUGUGUUGAAUAAUGAACGUUUUUUGAAGAAUGAUUAUGACACAAAUUUUAUCGAUACACAUCCACAAUUGUUUCACUUUGAACCAAGUCAAAAUCGUGCACAAAAACUUCUUUAUUAUCUUGCCAAUGUAAUGGUCAACGGUCCAUCUACGCCUUUAGCAACUAAAUUAAAGCCUGCAGAAAUAACACCAGAAGUUCCUAUAAAUGAUACAUCACAAGAAAUAUUUUCCGGUUGGAAAGAUAUACUCGAUCGAGAAGGUCCUAAAGCUUUUGCCAAGGCUGUUCGUGAACAUAAGAAUCUUUUGUUGAUGGAUACAACUUUUCGUGAUGCCCAUCAAUCUUUAUUGGCAACACGAGUACGAACAUACGAUUUACUUCGCAUAAGUCCUUAUGUUUCUCAAAAUUUCAACAAAUUAUUCAGUUUAGAGAAUUGGGGUGGUGCAACCUUUGAUGUGGCAAUGCGUUUUCUUCAUGAAGAUCCAUGGGAAAGAUUGCAACAAAUGAGACAAUUAAUACCAAAUAUUCCUUUUCAAAUGUUAUUGAGAGGUGCCAAUGCUGUUGGUUAUACAUCAUAUCCGGAUAAUUUGGUCUACAAAUUCUGCGAACUUGCCAAACAAAAUGGAAUGGAUAUCUUCAGGGUGUUUGAUUCAUUGAAUUAUGUGCCAAACAUUUUGGUCGGAAUGGAAGCAGCAGGUCAAGCAGGUGGUGUAGUUGAAGCAGCCAUUUCAUAUACUGGUGAUGUUUCCGAUCCAAAUCGGACUAAAUAUAAUCUCGAUUAUUAUCUGAAAAUUGCCGAUGAGCUUGUCAAAGCUGGAGCACAUGUUUUAUGUAUCAAAGAUAUGGCUGGUUUACUAAAACCGCAAGCUGCAAAAAUUUUAGUUUCAGCACUUCGAUCACGUUAUCCGGAUUUACCGAUUCACAUUCAUACACAUGAUACUGCCGGUGCUGCCGUCGCUUCCAUGAUAGAAUGUGCCAAAGCUGGAGCUGACAUUGUCGAUGUUGCAGUCGAUUCAAUGUCUGGAAUGACCUCCCAACCAAGUAUGGGAGCCGUUACAGCUUCAUUGGAACGAACUCCUUAUGACACGGAAUUAGAUUUAAGCCAUGUCAGUGCCUAUUCAGCCUUUUGGGAACAAACUCGCACAUUAUAUGCUCCAUUUGAAUGUACAACGACAAUGAAAAGUGGAAACUCUGAUGUCUAUUUGAAUGAAAUUCCAGGUGGUCAAUACACUAAUCUUCAAUUUCAGGCUUAUUCAUUGGGGCUUGAAUCGCGAUUUCAACAAGUCAAAAAAGCAUAUGCCGAAGCUAACAAACUGUUGGGUGAUUUAAUAAAAGUCACGCCAUCAUCAAAAGUUGUUGGUGACUUUGCACAAUUUAUGGUUCAAAAUAAUCUUACUGCAAGCGACAUCGAACAAAAAGCAGAAGAAUUAAGUUUUCCAAGUUCGGUUGUUGAAUUCAUGCAAGGUUUUAUUGGUGAACCACAUGGAGGCUUUCCCGAACCAUUGCGUAGUAAAAUUCUUAAAGGCCUUUCCCCUAUAAGUGGCCGUCCAGGACAACAUUUAGCACCAUUGAAUUUCAUUCAACUUAAAGAUGAAUUGAUCGAAAAACAUACAUCGCCUAUAACAGAUACUGAUGUUAUUAGUGCCGCCAUGUAUCCCAAAGUUUGUGAUGAUUAUAUCAAAUUUCGAGAAGAAUUUGGUCCUGUUGCUUUACUUGAUACAAGAAUUUUUUUGACCGGUCCCAAAGUUGGCGAAGAAUUCGAGGUUGUUUUAGAAAAAGGAAAAACCCUUCAUAUCAAAACUUUGGCAGUUUCCGAAAUCAGAUCAAAAACCGGCGAAAGAGAAGUCUUUUUUGAAUUAAAUGGACAAUUACGAACUGUAUUGGUCAAAGAUAAAACCGUUAAACAGGAAAUCGUUUCGAAUCCUAAAGCAUUAAAAGGAGUGAAAGGAUCUGUUGGAUCACCGAUGCCUGGAAGUGUAAUAAGUGUCAAAGUUAAAGUUGGCGAUAAAGUUGCAAAAGGUCAACCAUUGAUCGUAUUGAGUGCAAUGAAAAUGGAAAUGGUGGUUCAAUCACCAGUUAGUGGAACAGUCAAACGUAUUCUUGCACAAAAAGAUAUGAAAUUAGAGGGUGAUGAUCUCAUCAUGGACAUUGAAGUUGAUAAUUGAUAAUUGUUUUUUAUUCAUGUGUUAUUGUUUAAUUUUGAAAAAAAUGCUCUAAAUACAAAAUAUUUGUUACUUUUUUAGUUGUAACAUGGAUUAAAUGUAACCCAAUGUGCUUUCGGCCUAUUUUUGGCGCUUU